GGCUCUGCUUCAAACAUGGCGGAUAAGAAGAGAUCCAUUCACUUUGGUGGCAGAACAGUUCCUGAUUUUGGAAAGAAGUAUCAUGUCAAAGGUGAGCUGAAUUUGCCUUAUUCUGGUGAUUCGGAUCCAGAACCGUUUGAAGUUUGGUACGACCUCGAGGGGAACAGAAGUCGCAUUGACUAUUAUGAUAGUACAGUGCGCACUUUUCUGAUUGGAAACGACUUGGAUUAUGGCGUCAUUUACCAAGUCACACCAGUGCCAGUUAAAGAAAUUAAAUAUUUCCUGCUUAAAGGAACAAAGGAGGAUCCAAUACGGCCACAGGCGGCACUGCCUGAUCUGCAGGGCUUUGAAUUUGAGAAGAUGGAGGAUUACGCAGGCGUUCAGUGUGAGGUCUGGAAGAAGGUCACACAGGCUGGUCAUAAGAAGAACACAUAUCGUCUGUGGGUCAAACGUCCAGAGGGAAGUGAUUCCCCAGCCGUCCCGUACCACUUUGAGAUGGAGGGCUUCAACACUCUUUUGGGGUUAUACAAUGACAAAUACAUGAUUGACUACAGUGACUUCAGCUCACAAACUGAAUCGGACAUUUUCACACCCCCUGGAGGAAUGACCUAUGAGGAGUUUCCGGAUCCUCCUGAGGAGCAUCAAAUACUGGCCAAUCCCCUUCAAGACUAUGUCAGCACCUCCCCUGUUAGCCACGCCCACCGAUUGUUCUGCCCCUUUAAGGAGAAGUUUGAGCGUCAGUAUGAAAGUGAGAAAGAGCACGAGGAGCGCGAGAACAACUUCAUACAUACUCUUCGGCAUGUGCACUCUAUAAACAGAGCCGGUCUUACAUACAGCUGCAGAAUCAAUGACUUCUCCGAUUGGUCAAAGGCAGAGAAGGCCAGGAUGACAGGAGGUUUAAUAAUUCCAGAUCAGAUAAUGGAAGAUAACUAAAGGGGAAAAAAUGGGAAUUCACUGU